GGGGGCGGGACUUCCAGGAACUGUGUUGCAGGGGUUUUUCAGCGGCUCAAAGCACUGUGGAUCUGGGGAGUAAGGAACUGUGCCUCUGGCCUCAACGCCUGCACUUUAGGACUGCCUCUGUUUUUCCCUUCUUCAGAUCUGCAAGAGCUCGUUCUAAAACAGAAAUCCUGCAUCACCAUGGUGCGUGCCUGUGGUUUGCUCACUCGCCACAAUCAACCAGUGGCACUGAAGAACAUCUCUGUGGUUGUGUCCAUCCGUGAGUUUGUAGCUGGCGUGUCUGCAACCUUACACUACAAGAAUGAAGAAAAUGUUGCUUUAGAAGUGUUCUUUGUGUUCCCCAUGGAUGAAGAUUCUGCUGUCCAUACCUUUGAGGCCUUGGUGGAUGGGAAGAAAAUUGUGGCAGAAUUACAGGACAAGACUACGGCCUAUGCCAGCUACGAGGAUGCCAUCUCUCAGGGCUACCAAGCCUAUCUACUGGAAGAGGACAAGUGCUCCAGGGAUGUCUUCUGUUGCAAUGUGGGGAACCUCCAGCCUGGGUCAGAAGUGGCACUGACCCUGAGGUAUGUGCAGGAGCUGCCUCUGGAAGCAGAUGGGGCCCUACGCUAUGUGCUCCCAGCUAUCCUGAAUCCUAGGUACCAUCUCUCUGAGUCGCCUGAGGACAGUUGCCUUGAUUUGAAGGCUCCUAUAGUGCCCUUGAAGGACCUGCCUUACACACUCACCAUGAUGGCCAACAUUAGUUCUCAGCAUGGAAUCGACAGGGUCCAGUCCAACUGCCCCUUGAGCCCUAUGGAGUACCUUGAAGAUGCUAAGACUUCUGCUCAGGUUUCCUUGGCUGAAGGACACAAAUUUGAUCGGGAUGUGGAACUUUUGAUUUACUACAGUGCGGUGCACAGCCCCAGUGUUGCUGUGGAGACGGGGAUGCCUGAAAAGAAACCAGACAGUCUGAUGGGAGAUCCAGGUGUCAUGGUUAGUUUCUACCCAGAUAUCCCAGAAGUUGAGACGGCAGUGACCGGUGGGCAGUUUGUCUUCCUCAUGGACCGCUCAGGAAGCAUGCAGACCCCAAUGAGUAAAGAGAACAGGUCUCAGCUGCGCAUAGAUGCAGCCAAGGAGACACUGAUUUUGCUGUUGAAGAGUUUGCCACUAGGCUGUUAUUUCAACAUUUAUGGAUUUGGAUCUUCCUUUGAGGCAUUCUUUCCGCACAGUGUGAAGUACACUCAGCAGACAAUGGAGGAGGCGGUAGAGAGAGUGAAGGUCCUGUGUGCAGACCUAGGGGGAACUGAGAUCUUGACCCCACUCCGGGAAAUUUUCAAGGACAUCCGUGGUCAUCCUCUGCAGCUUUUCGUCUUCACAGAUGGAGAAGUUGCUGAUACAUUCAGUGUAAUUAAAGAAGUUAAGUUCAACAGGACAAAACACAGAUGUUUCUCUUUCGGUAUUGGAGAAGGUGCUUCUACCAGCUUAAUCAAAAGUAUUGCUCGAGUAUCUGGGGGCACGUCUGAGUUUAUCAGAGGCAAGGACAGGAUGCAGUCCAAGGCGCUAAGGAGCCUCAAGCGGUCUCUGCAGUCUGUGGUAGAGGACAUCUCCCUGAGCUGGAAUCUGCCUCCUGAUCUGACUGCUAACAUGCUUUCCCCAGAGCAGACUGUCAUUUUUAGGGGUCAGAGGUUAAUUUUCUAUGCCCAGCUGACAGGGACGAUGCCGCCAGAGGAAGCUGAAGGAGAAGUGUGCCUCAAGUACACACUGCAGGGCAAGACUAUGGAGCAGAAGGUGACCUUUUCUCUACAACCCAAAUAUGACUCCAACUUCACCAUUCAUCGUCUUGCUGCAAAAUCCUUGAUCCAGACAAAAGAUCUGGGUUUCAGAGAAACCCUAGGAAGGGAAAGAAAAGAUGUGUUGAACAUCAGCUUGGAAUCUGGAGUUAUGAGCACCUUCACGGCUUUUGUUGCUAUAAACAAAGAGCUCAGCCAGCCAGUCCAGGGGCCCCUGGUUCACAGGGAGAUCCCAAGGGCUGUUCUGCCUCAAGUGAAAUCAAAAUAUCCAGCCUUUCAUCGACCAAUGCUGGACGCCUCCUGUCUUUCCAGCAAUCCGCCUGUUCUAUGUCAACGAGAUUCUCUAGCUCUGUCGCCAAAGAUAAUGGCUUCCUGUGCAGCUAAGAAAUGCCCACAGAAGAGUCUGAAUUUUGGGUCCAUCCAUCAGAAGAAAAAGAUUGGUUCUUCAACCAGUGAGACCAUUUUGCAAAAUGACAGUAAAGAGGACAGUAUUGUGCAGUUGAUUUUCCUCCAAAAUGCAAACGGUUCCUGGACUCUAAAUGAACGUCUGGCCAGUAUCCUAGGUAUGAAACUGGAAGACAUAAAGGCCGCGCACCCUGAUGAGCGUGUGGACUCCUCAGUCUGGGCCACAGUCCUAGCUGUGAUCUGGCUGCAUACCAAUGGGAUGGAUCGGGAGUGUGAGUGGGAUCUUCUGGAAAGGAAGGCCAGGGCCUGGAUUCGCAGCCAUGCAGGUAGGAGCACAAUCUCAGGAUCCCUCCCCUUCUUCCCCAGGAAGCUGGAUUUUUUCCCAGGUGCUGCACCUCCAGGUCUGGCAGGGGGUAACUGAGAGGUGUCAUAGCCAUUCCCACCAUAUUCUGGCUGUACUACACACAAGGUUGUGAAAGCAGCUAAUACAUUCCUGAAGUCUUCUGUGGAUCCUGCUAUCUUCACCUUCUGAGAAGACCACUUAAGAAGUGCAUGGCUUGGCCAUUGCCUGCUUCCCUUACCAUCUCUUCUGCUAAGAUGCAUUUUUGUUGUAUUUUCCCUUUGUAUUUCUUGCCAUAAAAGUGAAGAAUGUGCAUACCACCUACCUCUCUCCUCCUGGUGCCUUUGGGUGUCAUCUUCUUUUCCCCAAUACAUGGCUUCAAAAAAGUGACAGUAGUGCCUAAACCUGUUUUCUUUAUAGUUCAAAGCAUACAUAUUCAGUAGUAGACUUAGAUUCUCAAGAGCAAUGAUAUAAAAACCAGAUGACAAAGACUCCAGACUAAUGUCAGCGUUGAUGUUAAAGAAUGCCUGACUUAGAGAAGUCUCUGCAGGACAUUUGUCCAUCCACCAUUUUCUUUUUAUAUGUUAUUGGAAUUUGAACCUAAAAUUUCUGCAUCUCAUGCAAGAUUUUUACCUUUGAGCUAUAUCCCCCAAUUUUCUAUUCAGUUAACUAAAAUUUCUGCAUCUCAUGCAAGACUUUUACCUUUGAGCUAUAUCCCCCAAUUUUCUAUUCAGUUUUGUGUAAGCUUUGAAGUUUUUCAUUCUUAAAAGGAAGAUUUGAAAUUCAGAAAGCAGCAUCAAGUUCAACAAACACACAGAUCAUAGAGAGAGAGACAGACAGAGACAGAAGAGAGGGAGAGAGAGAGAGACAGAGAGAGACAGAGACUCAAGAUGUGCAUUUGAGCAUUGGCACUGUUGGGAAUGUUCUCAAUUAUUUCUCUUUAGACUUUGUUUGCCCAUACUUCUUAUUUUUCUUGGUGCUGCCUAAGCAACCUGACUAGAAUUACUCUUGUUGGAGAUGAUUUUUCUUACCCAUCAGUUGUCCUAUAAGAGACCCAUUUUGGUAUCCUUGGACUGACCCUGAAUCUUUGAGGACUCUGCCAGGCUCCCAUCUAGUAUAAGAAAACAGGAUAGGGCAAAUGAUGGCCCUGCCUGAGGCCUGAAGCAGAAUUGUUCACCACAUGAGGAGGAAUGGAACUGCCUCUGAUUGCUUCUGAACUGUAUGUGUCCUGUUCUACUGGAAAUGAUCCUAAACUAACCAUUGUAUCAAUAUUAAAAUGAUAAUUUCUAUAUUUA